CUGUCGACGUAUUGCUCAUUCCUUCAGCGUAAAAAUUUUUGCUAAUAAACUUUAAAUAAUGGCAAACCGUGAAAAUUCUAAAGCAACUAUUGGCCAGCUUUUUGCUGGAAAGAACUUAGUCUGCAGAAAUGAAUUAUUUCUAGGCAGUUGGGUUGACCCAAAGCAGUACCACAGCAAUCUAUUUAAAGGAACCUGGAAGGAAAAAGAAGUCGCCGUCAGAAGAAACCAGAAAACGGAAUGUCACAGUCAGUGGGAGAAGCUGGUCGCACGCCAUGAAAAAGGAACAUUGAACCACGAAAACGUCUUGAAGAUUAUCGGAUUCGCCGAGGACACUGAAUGGAGAUAUUUUGCUCUUGAACUGUUCUAUGACACACUCAAACAAAGAUGCCGUUACGGUAAUGACCACGGAUUACCUUCCGAUGCUUUAUUCCUUCUCCAGAUGGCUAGUGGAAUCAACUAUAUUCAUAGCAAGGGGCUUGUUCAUGGCAAUCUAAAUCCAAAUACGGUUCUCUUCGCUUAUUCCAUACCACCUCGGGUGAAGAUUUCGGAAUUCGGGCUAACCAACUCGACCGAUUUCAGUUCGGCAACUGAUUCUGUCGAAUCAGAUGUAGCGGAUGAACUUUCAAACAAGAACGAAAAGGAUCAAUAUAAGCAAAUUUAUCAACAGUAUUUAGAGCUUAGUCACCCAAAGUACUGGAAGAGGAGAAAUAGAUCCGGUGCAUUACAUGAAGAUUCAAUCCCAACCGCCACCGUCCAUGAUGAUGUCUUCGCCGCUGGAUGCUUGUUCUUCUAUUUGCUAAAAAAAGGUUCACAUCCUUUUGGCAGUCCGAAGCAAAUUCUAACCAACAUUUCCGAGUCACGGCCAAUCAACCUAAAUAAAUUAUCAUCGAAGCAUUUUGCUUAUCAGUCGAUCAAAAACAUGAUUGGAAAGCCACCGGCGGACGGAACUCAGCUUUUAGUCAUAGCAGCUUCGGAACUCGCUGAAAUUCUUCCUGUAAAUAUCGAUGAGAACAAAAAACUUGGCGCAGGUGCAUUUGGAGUCGUGUUUGAAGGAACAUAUCAAAGAAAAAGGGUAGCAAUCAAGAGAGUAUUUGUUCAAGGUGGUGAUCAUGAAAGUAAAGUAUCUGAAAUACGCGAAGCUGAGAUACCCAAGGAACUCAACCACGAAAAUGUUUUGCAACUCUUGAACGUCGACUUUCAAACAGAUGAACGAUACCUAUUUCUUGUGCUUGAACUUUGCGCUGGAACACUUGAAGACUGUGUUAAGAAAGGAAGGAAAGGCUUCAAUUUGCCUAGAGAUGCACAAGUUCUCUACCAGAUUGCCAACGGGCUGGAUUACAUUCAUGCAAGCAGAUUGGUCCACCGAGAUAUAAAACCAGAAAAUGUUUUGAUUUCUUUAACUAGUCCAGCCCAAAUAAAAAUAUCGGAUUUCGGGUUUUGUAAAAAAGUGAACGUGCGUGGAAGUUUUUCGCAGAGUGCAUUGAAAGGAACUUGGAGUUGGAUGGCUCCGGAAAUGUUGGUGAUUUUGAACGAAGCAGAAGACAACGAACAAGACACUCUCCCGCGUGGAACAAUACAAAGCGACACAUAUUCAGCGGGUUGCGUAUUUUUCUACUUUCUUACGAAUGGCAACCAUCCUUUUGGAACUUAUCCUUAUGCCAUACCAAACGUAUUAGAAAACAACCCAACGGCACUCAUCACUGCAGAAAAUCUACCAAAGGAUCAUUUUGCAUACAUCUUAAUCGAAAACAUGAUCAAAAGGUUACCAGAAAGAAUCACGUUACCGGAAGUCAUGAAGCAACUCCACCCUUUACUACCUGCACCUAAACGAGAAUUUAGGCCAGUUCAGAAAAAGCUCUCACACGGUGAAAUGAUUGAUCUCGGCCAUGUAACCAUCAUUAGUCGUUUUCAUCCAAUCGAGCCGGUACUAGCACGUGGAUCUACACGAGUAAUGAUAUUCAAAGCAGCAAAUGUAUUCAUACCAUUCUCGAAUUGGAAAAUCGAAAUUGUACUUUCUGUUCAAGAUCAAUACCUGGGCGAAAUUUCUGCACUUGAAUGGAGCUCAGAUGGAACUCAACUGGCUGCUGGACGAGCUAACGGUGUAGUCAUGGUAUGGCGCUACCCAACUGGUGAAACCCUCGUCGAAAUGAAUGAGCAUUCGUCGCGAAUCACUGAGAUCGCUUGGAAUCCUUUCAAUUAUGAUAUGCUAGCCAUUAUUGAAGGAGAUAACAAUCUUACUAUAUGGGACUUAACCAUGACGUGUCAAAAACCAAAUAACGGAGACCAUAAAAUCAUUCGAGCUCCAUUGUUUAAAGACAAGUUCACCUGGAUGGUACAAUGGGUAUCUGAAAACCAUAUCGCUUUUCCACAAAAUGGUUAUGUUUUGGUUGUCAAGAUUUAUGAGAACAUCGAAGCGAAAAUAAUUUCCAAUCGGAUGGAAAAAUGCUUCAUUAACACGGGUCGCGUCUCUAUACAAUGGAACCAAGUCAAAAGACUUCUUGUCUUCUAUUCUUUCUUCAGCAAUUUAAUUUCGGUUUGGUCUAUGGAUGCGGGCCGGGUUUUCGUAGGACACCCCCUUCACACGUUGGAAGUUUCAUCCGGUUGCAACUGCCUAGCACUGCGUCCGACCAGAGAAAUGGAUAGCCAAGCGCAAACCACAACAAAAUUGCAAACAAGCAUAAUUAUCGCAUGCGGAUUACUAGGCGGAAACAUUGUGAUUUGCAAUCCCUCUGAAAAGAGUAAUAACCGUGUUCUUGACGGGCAUUCAAAUACGAUUCAUUCUCUUGCUUUUUCGUCCGAUGGGCUACUACUAGCCUCAUCAGACGGGUCAAAGAUAACCAUCUGGUGCGCUAAGACAUGGAAACGAGUUUUUUCCACAAAAACAUCGCUUACAGCAUACCAUUUGUCAUGGUUUACUGCUAAGUUAUCUGGAGGCACCACUGCUCUGCUAGCUUAUUCACCAGCAUUCAAUAUAGAGGCGAUCGAGCGACGGUGAAGAUGAAGACGAUGGUGCAAAACGGAAGAAAAAAAAAUAUUCAGGUACCAUGCAACAAUGAAAGAAAUAGUGGCAAAAACAAAGGAUGCUUUUGCAAAAAGUUAGAAAAACGAAACAAGAUACAUCGCAAUUGUUCAACAUUUUUUCUAAAAUUGAGACGACGUU